UUCAUUACCAUUUGCAGCAAGCUCAAGGAUGACAUUGUAUCAGUAUAUCCUCAUUUAGUUGACACGGAGUCCUCGGUGCCGCCUGCUCUCCCUUACAUUCACUCCAUUUAUCUAUUCUUAGCAACUUCUAUCCCUCUCUCGUUUAUCCCGACCAUUUGGGAUGCUACCAAGGACACUAUAUGGGAGCUCUCUGGUGAUCUCCAGGAACAUCAAAGGACUAUCAAUGAUCUCUACAAGUUGUAUGGGUGGGAACGGGGUAUUACUCGCAUCCAGCUACAUCCCCAUAUCCGCUCUUGCAUCCAACAAGGAUGCAAGAGGGAAGGUGAACUUCAACAGCAGAGCACCGAAGAGGUGAUUGUCUUCACCCUCACCAGCAGCAUUCAGCGUGCUAAGGCCACAAGUCUUUAUUGCCCCAGCUGCAAAGUCACGUAUACUGACAACUACUACAUCCACCAAGGUGCCCAACUACGCACUUACUAUGAUCACAUGCCCCAAUACAUCAAAAUGAAUGAGCACCAUUUUGUAGAGACAAGGAUUGCGGAGAAGUGGACCAGCUCCAUGGUU